UUACUUUGGCAAGCUUGACAUUUUGAGCUAACACUUCCCUACUUCUGCUUUAACAACACGCUCACUAGCACCGACACCUUCUCGGAAUUAAGAGACAUUCAUAGGGAGUUUUUAAAGGCAGAUAAUAUUCAAAUAUCACAAGUUGACUCUCAGAAACUUCCGGGGAAAUAUAACGUUGUAUUCGUUUAUUAAUUCUUUCUGUGUCAGUAGAUAAGAAAGUGUAUCAUCCGCCCUCGAAGAAGUAGCUUAACGUUAGCUAACGGUUAGCUUGUGACGUAGUUAGCUAAACUAGCUAACCUAGCCGCGGAGGAAUUUCCCAGCCUGUUUAUGUUGUCGCCAGUUCGACACAAUGUUGGACGGAUCUCCGGCUCACGGUGACGAUACAAACAUCAGUAAUGUCGAAAACAACAACCCGAUAUCGUUGAUAAGCAGCGAUGGGGUGAGCAAGACGAGACAGGCGCUGCUGAAGAAAGGAGGGAGGAAGCAACGGUCGACAGCGCCUCCGCAUCACCAGAAACCUCCGAGAAACAGUCCCAACAUCCGGCUGUCCGACCACCACAACAACAACAACAACACGCUAUCUGCUCACAGAGCCGCAGCACAGCCCGAUACCGAGCCGCCUCCCGGUACCCAGGCCGUGCUGACCCUCCAUCAUCUCAACCACAACCACGGACCCAAGACAGAGCUGAAAUCCAAAGUCGUCAGGUCGGAGCAAGGAGCCCCGCAGCCAGGUGGCCGACCCCCCCGCAGCCAGCCCCGACACGACCGACUCACCCAGCACGCGGUCACACCAAGCCACAAGCCCAAGCAGGGCCAGAGCCCCGGAGUCCCUCGCUCCACCAAGAGGAAAGAGACCGGCAGCCCGAGCAAGGCCCACCCUCGCCACCAGCCUCCGCCCCGAGAGCAGAAACAACCCCUCCACGCCCCUGACGCUGUGACCGCCGCCAACACGCCGCCCGCUGAAGCUGCGCCUGAAAACCUCAAAGAUGGAGAGAAGGUUUACGCCGGAGCCAAGUUCAGCGAGCCGCCGUCGCCGAGCGUCUUACCCAAACCGCCCAGUCACUGGGUCGGAGAAAACGAGCCUCAACGGAGCAGCCGAAGCCGAGAGCAGAUGACUGUUCACCUCAAGUCGCUGCUGAAGGUUCAGGUUCAAUCAUGACC